GAUUGCACAACAACAAAAAGUGGUGGGUAACUCGGUUGUUGGUUAUUUGUUACAGACAAGAAAUAAAGCAGAAAAGUUUCUAAAGCUGCUUUUUUUUCAUCACAAAUCAAUACAAUUGUUCCUUACUCUCUCUUACCAAUCUCUUCCCUAUAUUCACGCCGCACUCACUUCCAUCACAACACUUUCUUCUCUUUCCAAAACAAAGACACAAAAUCAUCACAAAAAUCCAUUCCUAGUCCUACUGCUUUCAUUUUCUACUAAACCAAACCAUUUCUUCUAUUUCUCUUUUCUUUAACCCCAACACAGAGAAACCAAACAAAAUAAAAACAUGAGUGAGUUAUCUUUCUCAAACACUCUCAACAACAACAAUGAGUUCUCUAGUAACCUAUUCUUUAUCUUGUCCAAUUUUUGUUUCUCCAUUUUUUCUCACCCUUUAUACUUUUCUUACUUUCUCUUCUUUUCUCCUUAUAUUCUUAAACUUCUCUCUUUUCUUUCUCCUUUGUUCAUCACUACUACCCUUCUUCUCCUUGUUGCUCUUCUCACUUUCACUCCCAACCUUGUUCAUCAAAAGGGUAUUUCCAAAACUACUAGUUAUGAGCUUUCUGAGUCCAAAUUUUGUUUUUUACUUUCUACUUUUCAAAAUUUUCUAGCAUGGUUUGUUUCUGAAGUUGAUGAAAAAGAUGAUGAAUUUGGUUUGGUUGAUGAGUUGGAAGCAUACUUGGUUAUGUUCCAAGCUUCAAUCUUUGAAAUUCAUGAGCCAAAAUUAGUGGAAGAUUGUUCAGAAUUAUCAGAAGAAGCUUUUGAAGAAGCACAUGAAGAAGAAUGUUCAAGUGAAGUGGAAGAAGAGUUAAAUGUGAAGUUGGAUGAUGAAAUUGAAAACCAAGUUGAGAAAGUUGAUGAUCAUGAAGUUGAAUCCAUUAAGCCAGUUUCUGAUGUUAAGAGACUAGUAAGCUUGUUCCAAGAAUAUGCAGAGUUAGAAAAUGUGUCUUGUGAAAAAGAAGAAAAAGAAGUCAAAAAGACUAUACUAUUAUUGAAUUCUAAAUUCAAUAAAGUUGAAGAAAGUGAAAAACAAUGGUCCAUUAGAAGUGGAUCCAAAGUGAAAAGUAAUAGAGACAUGUUUGGAAAUAAAGUGAGAGGUAAUAGUGAUGAAGAACAUGCUUUUGUAGCAAAAGUGAAAGUGAAAAAACUUGAGAGUCCACAGAGAAAUAUUAAGGAGAAUGAUAGUGGAGAACUUUGUUCUACUAAUCUUGGAAGUUUUGGUUCAAUGAGAGUGGAAAAAGAAUGGAGAAGGACAUUGGCUUGUAAGCUUUUUGAAGAAAGACACAAUAAUAGUGAUGGAAGUGAAGGAAUGGAUAUGCUUUGGGAAACAUAUGAUGAGAAAGAAUCAAAUAAGGUUGUUGGUAUGAAGAAAAGUAACACUAAGAGAGGGAAGAAAAGUGAAGUUGAGUGUAGUGAGGAUGAGGAUGAGGACGAAGAUGAGAUAGGAGCUAAGUUGUGUUGUUUGCAAGCUUUGAAAUUCUCAACUGGGAAAAUGAAUUUGGGAAUGGGAAGGCCUAACCUUCUUAAAUUCUCCAAAGCUUUGAAAGGCAUUGGAUGGUUGCAUCAUGUAGGCAAGAAUGGAAAGAAGAAUAACCAUUGAUUUUUUUCUUUUAUCUUUUGGAACUUUUGAUAAGAUCGUAUAGAAAUUGUGCAUUUCUGUUUCGCUGAUUAAGGUAUCCUUCAAUCAAAAUUUAGAGACUAAUCUUUCGAGAUACAAAAAUUUAUUUAAGAGAAUGACAUCUCUUAACAGAUGUUCUUCUAUGUGUAUCAACUAAAGAAAUGUGCAUUUCUUUAAUAAUAAGAAGUAAAUAUUUUGCGUGCCAAUUAUAUAAUGAUGUAUGUUCUUCAAUUUUAGUUAAUUAAGAAAGCUUCUUGUA